AUGUUCCGGAAAGACGGCCGCAAGUAUAAUCAACAUCGUUUAGUGGCUAUCUCUGUUCAAGAAGCUAUUUAUUUCAAUCACGGCCUCUCCCAAGUCUCUACUCUUCUUACACACUCGCCUACCCAGAAACAGAGAUUAUCAAUCAUCGUUAAAAUGGAAGAAGGAUCUCUACCGGCCAGUGCAUCGCGAAUCCGUACGGAACGAAAAGAAGAAGAGAUAGGCGAAAUUCUCGAAAAGAUCUUUACACCUUUACUUAUGGAGACUGACUUCUGCUAUGAAAUAGAACACCGAGUUAUUUUUGCUGAUGGUUCCCUUCUACCCCUGCUUAUCAAUAGUACUACCUUUGCCCUAGAAAAGUUCCGUAUUCCUAUUCGCCAUCUUAUCUUUGCUCUUUCCUGUGCAGUUUCAAAAUAUGAAAAGGAUGCCUAUCUUAUCGAUACAACUGAUCAGGAGGAAAGGGAUCGCUUACCUGCCGUAGUACUAGCUGCUUCCUAUACUGAGCACCAGGAGUAUAUCUCUUUUGUAGAAAUGUCCAAUGGAGUUCCUAUCUCUUCACAUUCUAAACUACUUCAUACGGCCAUGGAUGCCCUUAAGAGCAACAGUACUACUCUAUUCCAACUAUGCCAACAGUCUAGUAGCUCAUAG